CAAAACAAAAAUAAAAAUCCUCCGGGAAAAUCGUUUAACACCGUAUUAUACCAAGUUAUUUUUAUAGAUUUUCAAAGUAAAAAAUUAUUCAUUGUAACAUGUCUGACUCCGAUUGUGAUUGGUUCGACAAAGACGAUGAUGAACUUAUUAAAGAUGUGCAAAAAACUCUAAAAACCAAACAACAAGCAAAUACUGAAUAUAUAAAGACAACAACAAAUACUAUAGAUGAUUAUAUCAAAGAACUGACAAUUAAAGCAGCAGCACAGUCCACGGGAGAUGCUAAGAAAAACAAACUUAAAAUAACCGAUUUAAGAAAAUUGUCUAAUAUGACACCGCUGGAUAUUUUCUUAUAUGCAUCCACCGUGGAGUAUGAUUUCUAUACAGAUCAAAUUUACUUAAACGAUAGCCAAGAGAAAGUUAUACUUUAUACUGCGGUUUUAUCUACUAUAUGUCGGCUAGAAUUGCCGGGAUUUCAUAAGAAUCUGCUAAAGAGUUUUACACUUAAUGGCAACUUGCAGGAACAAUAUCGCUUGCUGGUGGCCAAAUUAAUGUGCAAACGCUUUAAAGAUAUGUGGCUGAAGGAAGAAGAGAUGAUUGAGUUUUUAAAUAACAUGGAAUUAUUGAUAUUACAGUCAUUUAAACUCUAUAGCAAGGAGGAUAAAUGUCAUAUGUUGUUAAAGGACCUAUUAACCAUUUUGGAACAAACGGAUAAUCCUACCAUAAAAAAGAAAAAAAUACUUGUUCAAUUUAAGGAGAAUCUAGAACAAGCCCUCAAAGUUCAGCAGUCCACUGAACACAAUCUAGAAAUAUAUCCCACCUUAGACGAUUUAACAAAAGAUCAAGCCUUUAAUAACGCCCUAGAAAACAAUCAAACAACCUCACAACAGAGUGUUCAAGAGUAUUUGUCGAAACAUUUACGUUUUCUUAAACAAGACUUUCUAUUGCCCCUAAAAGACUGCGUUGGUUUGUUGAGAAACAAACGUAAUACGACUGAAUUACCAGACAAUUUUUAUGUUUUUGAAAAUGUUUUAAUAGUUUUGAAUGAACAAUUUUUGGAUGCCUAUCGCCAUGAGUUGGUAUUCGUAGAUGUUUUGGGUUCGCGCAGAAAUAUGGACACUGAGGAUGUCCAGAUGCCGUAUCAAUUGCAGGAGAAGUUGAGAAAAAUUAAAUCUGGCGCUUUGCUAUGUUUUAGUACCAGUUAUAAUUUCGACAAUUUAAUAUUGGCCACGGUUACGUACACGAGUCAUGAGUGUAUGAAGGAAGGAUUUAUUGGUAUCGAAAUCGUACGCCAAUACAACAUUGGCAACAUCUACAAUCGUAAAUUAUUGAUGUUUGAGACACCAGCAUUUUUUGAACCAUAUCACAAUGUUUUCAACUAUUUAAAAAACUGCACCAUCACCAAUUUUCCCAUGAAGAACUACAUUGUGGAUGUGGAAAAUCCCCUUGACAAGAUACCAUCAUAUUUAAAUGAGAACACAGUAUAUCAAUGUUAUGGACAAACAUUCAAACCACUCAACGAAGAACCACCACAAAAUGUUAUGGGUUUAAAUGAUUCACAAUUGCAGGCUUUUGGAAAAGCUUUAAGACAAGAAUUUACCCUCAUACAGGGACCGCCGGGUACUGGUAAAACUUAUCUAUCUGUACAAAUGGUAAAAACUUUAAUGGAAAAUGCUGAAACACCUUUGGUAUUAAUAACUUACACCAACGAAUCAUUGGAUAAGUUUUUAAUUAAACUUUCCGAAUAUACCGAUAAAAUUGUACGAUUUGGUAGUCAGUCUAGAGAUCCUGCCAUUGCGAAGUACAAUAUUAAAGAUGUGGUGGAACAUGCGCAAAUUAAUCCCAAAUUAAAGAGACUGUAUUAUUUGAUAAAUAUAGAAUUUAAAAAUAAAUUUCAAAAUUUACAAUUAAAACACAAAGAAUUCGACGGCACUGACGAUACAUACCAAGAGAUUUUGAAGGCCCAGCGUGAAUUGGCCGAAGUUACUGAAAAAUUGCAAACCAUUAGAAUCAUGUUUCAGUUUUAUGUGGCCAAGGAGAAAUCAAUUAUAGCUCUCACAACCACUUGUGCGGCCAAAACUAAUUUUCUAUUUCGUUUGUUAAAAAGUAAAAUCGUUAUUUUCGAAGAAGCAGCAGAAAUUUUGGAAUCUCAUGUUGUGGCGUGUUUGACACCCUACACUCAACAUGUUAUAAUGAUUGGUGAUCAUCAACAGCUGCAGCCCUAUAGUUCUAGCUACCAACUGCAGCAAUAUUCCCAUAUGAAUAUCUCGUUAUUUGAAAGGAUAUUUACUAAACAAACUACACCCAUACAAUUGAAAACUCAAUAUCGUAUGCAUCCAAAAAUAGCCGAUCUAUUGUGUAAUACAAUUUAUAAAGAUUUGAGUAGUGAUGUUUCGGUCACACAAUAUCCUGAUAUUCGUAAAAUGUCCGCAAAUCUCUAUUUUAUGACUCACAACAUGAAAGAGGCAAAAACCCAAUAUGAUUCAUCAUUGUAUAACCCUUUUGAAGUGGAGGAAAUUAUAAAUUUGUCAUUGCAUUUAAUUGAGAAUGCUGCAUAUGCACCGGAGGAUGUUCACAUACUCAGUCCUUAUGCCAAACAAGUGGAUUUGAUCAAGAAACAGUUGCAAAAAUAUCCCUCUCUCAACUCCUUGAAAGCGUCUACAGUGGACAGUUUCCAAGGCCUGGAAUGUAAUAUUAUAUUGCUUUCACUGGUACGCAACAACACAAUACCACAAAUUGGUUUUCUGAAACAAGCAAAUCGCAUAUGUGUAGCAUUGUCACGUGCCAAACAUGGCAUGUAUAUCAUUGGAAAUCUACAAUUACUAAGUCAAUGCAGCAGUACAUGGUUGCAAAUUCAAGAGAAAUUAUUACAACAAAAUGCAAUGGGCCCCAAGUUCCCCAUAGAGGCCUAAUUAACCAAAAACAAUAAGAAUAAAAUAAGCAUAACCGAUCUUUUUUUAAUAUAUACUAGCCUAAGUAAAAACAGUUUCAAUUUAUAUAUUGAAAACGCUAAAAAUUAUGCAUAUGUAUUUUAUGUUUUUAAAACCUGGAUUCCUUUUUUAUAUUUGAUUUAUAAAAUUAUUUCUUUACGAGGAAAAAAAAACUAAUUUGUAUUUAUUUUAUUAUUUCAGUUUUGUUUUAUUAUUAUUUUAAUAUAUACUUUUUUAUUUUUUGUAAACGUAUUUUGUUUGUUUGUAAACUACAAUACUUUUUUUUUAAAUUAAAAAUGUGAAAAGAAAAAACAAAUAUUUUGUAUUUAUUUAAGUUUCGUCUCCUUAUUUAUUAAAGAAUAAAAAUUACUUGAACAAA